UGUGUUUAUCCUGCGUGGAUUCUGUAAUACAUGCGCGCAUCUGUGUCACUGUCACGGCAGGGUGAUGCUGAUCUGAGGAUGUAAACAGUUGAGAGGCUGUAGCAAAAAAAAAAACAAAAAAAAAUGUGACCAAGCUGCUGUUUUUAAUUCAGUCCAAACUAAGUUGAAAUAAAAUCUCACAUGUACAGAUAUUUGGCUUGUUAAUGCAAAACCAACUACUCUGUUGCAUAAUUAUCUUGAGCUUUCUAUUUUUUUUGUAUCUCCUAUUUAUCUUUUUGCUGUAUUUUCUUAAUAUGUGACAGUCUUAUUUCCUAAUGAGCUCUGACCUCAUCAGUUUUCACAGGAAUUAAACAACAAUAAACGAUCUUUUUUAAUUUUUAUUUAUUUAUUUUUUGCAAAUUAAGUAAAGAAACAUGAAGUAAUAUUUGCACAACCCUUUUAAUCAAGAUGGGGAAACAAUACGCAGGAAGGAGGUGCAUAUUUAUUCAUUUUUUUCCCUGUCACUGAAAUGAUGAGGAACUUGUAUUUAUUUACACAUCCUGGUAUCUGCACGUUACCGCCUACUGCUGGUGGCGCGUUCACGCCGCAUGGGAAAUCAUUUUCACUGCAAUAACAACACCAUUCAAUUUAUUUAUAUAUAUAUAUUUUUUUCCUUUGUGCACAAAAACCGAAGAAGGAUCUUAAAAUUUGCUGAUGAGGCCGUUUUGACUCAGGUUAUUUCUCAGGUAUUUAAUCUGUUUUUGUGGCUACAGAUCAAACAUGAUCUGUAAGUAAACAGAAAUUGGUUGGUGGGGGUCAGAAAGUUAAAGGUGUCUAUUAUAUAUGCAGUGUCUGACAAAAGUGUUGAAUUAUUUCAGACUUUGUCCCAUUACAGCCUCACAAUUUAGUGUAUUUUGUUUAAUUGUUAUUUAAUAGACCAAACAAAACCUAUCAACAUUGUAAAGUGGAAUCAAAAUAAGUUUUUCUUUUAUAGGAAAAGUGUGGCGUGCAUUUGUAUUCACCUUCUUUACUCUGAUCCCCACAAACAAAGUCCAAUUCCAUUAAUUGCCUUUUGCCUAAUUCAGAAAUAGAUCCCAUCUGUUUGUGAGGCAGGUAUGAAUUGAGGCGUGAUUAGUACUAAAUGUCCCAGAGCAAACAGCUCCAUUUCACAACCCAAAGAAGUUGGUUCUGAAAUGAUUAACACUACCAACUUGGAAGAAUUGCGACAAUUCAAGUAACAAACUGCAUAAUGUUAGCAGUUUUUAAACCAUCUAUUAAGAAAUCUAGCUAAAAAUAUGACAGGUAACUUUUUUUGUGCUCUUGUCACCAUCUUAGUGACCCAUUAACUUGAUCCAUAUUAAAACUGGAUUACUUUCAGUCAAACAGUUUGAAGUUUUAUUCAUUACUCAUAUAGAUACUGUUAGAAAAUAGAUACUAUUUUUAGGUUAAAUUGUGUUUUUGUAAAAAAAAAAAAAAAAAAAACAUUCUCAAAAAAAAAAAAAAAAUAACACAAAGGAUAUUUGUUAGAAAAGAGGGUAAUUUUAAUUGGGCUCAAGUUUAAGCAGCUCACUGAAGAAAUCCACUGGCAUUUUCAUGCUGUGUAUCAUAACUGUCUUUAUUUUAGCUCAGUUGUUUUAAUGUUAGUGUCUUGUUUCACUUAGUUUGGCUUAUUUAUUGUGCUUAUUGCUGUGCAUAAAAAUGAUUUCAUGCGAUUAUAUGAUUUUAUAUAAUUUUUUAACAAAUAAACAAAUGGAGGCAUUAAUAAAAUGCAUGACUGGCAACUGUGAACAAAUUUCAUAAAAUGGAAAAUUACUCAUCACAGUUCUUCCGGACCCCCGACCUUGUCUAGAAAUCAGCUUUGAUAUUUGAAAACGAAGUUUAUUACUUUCAACUCGGUUGCCUUCUGUCCUACGGGUCCAUGGAGGCAACACGGCCGCCCAUUGGUGGAAUCGGCUGUCAAUCAGAGCGUCCCUCUCCUCCCACGUGGUUACGUUCCCCUCUCUAAAGUAACCAGGCCAGUUCAUUACGCACAUAAAAGACACAACAAAAGCAGCACCCAAAGGACGCAACAAUAGGUUCCCACCUGGAAGCAUCACGCGUGGACCAGAACCUGGGACGAAGACAAUCACUGUUUUACCUGUAAAAAAAAAAAAAAAAAAAAGCAACAUUAGCAGAAAAUAACAACAACAUCCAUCUGGCUGCAGUUCUCCCCACCGAGCUGCGCUUUGCCCAGAUCUGACUCAGGUGGCUCGAUUUUCUCCUGUGGUGUCUGUGUGGAGCGUGCCACACACCCACUCCACAACAACGACGGCUUUUGCUUGCAUCUUCCAGUGUUUCUUCUGUCAGCAAGUCCAGCAGAGCUGCAACUCUUCCAGUGCCAGCCCUGACACCAACGAGGAGCCCUGCCCCACUGACAUGGUGAAGAUGACCAAGUCGAAGACCUUCCAGGCUUACCUGCCGUCCUGCCACCGCACAUACAGCUGCAUCCACUGCCGAGCACACCUGGCCAACCACGACGAACUCAUCUCAAAGUCAUUUCAAGGCAGUCAAGGAAGAGCCUAUCUGUUUAAUUCAGUGGUGAACGUGGGCUGCGGGCCAGCUGAGGAGCGGGUUCUCCUCACAGGUUUACAUGCUGUGGCUGAUAUCUACUGUGAAAACUGUAAAACCACCCUGGGCUGGAAAUAUGAACAUGCGUUUGAGAGCAGUCAAAAAUACAAAGAGGGAAAGUUCAUCAUCGAGCUGGCUCACAUGAUCAAGGACAACGGAUGGGAGUGACACCGAUGCCACGUCCUAUCUAUUUAAAUCUGUUUUCCUGACCUUGGAAUGCUCUUUAUUGAACUGAGUGGUGUGACAACCAUUGACCCCCUUCCCUUCCCAUUUCUCCCUGAAUCCACUCGCACCUUCUUCCCUUUAAAAGAAAAGACCUCCACUCGCUGGCCUCUGUCACGUGCACACACCUACCUGCUCAUCGUGAAACCAGACAGAACGAAUGCAUUAGGAAGUGGAGUUAAAAACCCCACACCACCUUGAAGAUUGUGUGCUCUCCGUCGCCGCUGCUGAGCGUUUGGGUUCCUUCACCGCCGUCGCCGCCCAUCCCCUGCACCUCGCCUUGGCCCAACCGAAACACGCUUACAAGUGAUUGUGGUGAUGUGGCGACCGCUGUGUGAACGGAGAGACUUCACUAAAAAAGACAUCUUGUUGUUUUCUUUGUUGCGCUCAUCGUUGAUGACUUUAUUAUUAUUUUAUUUGCCACAGUUUUAACUUUCAGAAUUGGUGAAGCUUUGAUUUGAUGGCAGAUAGAUGUUACUGGUUAGCAUUUUAUUUCCAUGAGUUUUGUUUUGGUUUAUUUGUUGUUUUUGGAGUGUGCUUUUUUUUUUUCUUCUUUCUUUGCGCUAUUGUCCAAAUGAGCAAUCAGGGAUGGGUUGAGAAGAAACGGGCAAAGGGAGUUUAUUGUAGUUACAAACAUGUAGCAGCUUUUGUUUCUUUUUUUUUUUGUGGGAUUCCAGUAAUGUUGGAUUUUAUACCUGACAUUUUCUUAUGUUUUUUAUCUCUCGUGUGGACUUUCUUUAAUUCUCCCUUUCUGGUACUUUUCAGCACCCAAAAAGCAUCGAAAGCAGCACCAGGUAUUUGGUUUGACAUUAAAAGGUAUAAAAAAUAUAUAUACAUUCAUAUAUAUGAAUAUAUAGAUAUAUAAAUAUUUGUAGUAUAUGGCUAAUUGCGAUUGUGGCUGGUCCCAUUUUGCAGCAGCACCAUGAAUGAAAGAGACAUGAAAAAGGAGCAGAAAUCAUUUUAGAGUGGGGAAGCUGUCCACACUGUAUUAUCCCAUUGUCUAGUAAUGAAACAAUGAAAGUCACUGCUACAUAUUAACAUAAAUACACAUACUAUGAUAUUGUUCGUAGAAAUUAAUUGGAACAUGGUUUUGAUAUAUAUAUAUAUAUAUAUAUAUAUAUAUAUAUAUAUAUAUAUAUAUAUUUGCUGUCUCGCACAUAUGUGUAUAUACAUAUGACUGUGUGUGUAUAUGCAUAGUGUGUGUGUGUGGUGACGCAUUACACAGUGGCAUACUUGAAUGAUGCUACAUCCUUUGCACGUUGUUGAGGCCUGUGCUUCGUCUCGGUUUGGAGGCAAAAAGAUUUUUCUUUUUUUUUUUUUUUUGCUUUUUUCACAGACAUAAAACUUUUAUUGGGUUUUGCGUUAAUUUUUAUCUUCAGAUUCUGUCCAGAUUCUGUCUUUUUCCUCCCAAUUUUUGGACCCAUCUUGAGUACAAAGUCGUCUCAGAUUCCUUGCUGCUAUUCAGAGAAACUCUCUCUCUCAUCCAGACGUGUGAACCAUCUUGUUUUUGGUUUUUUUGCCACUAAACCGAAUGAAUUUCGUGCCUCUUCAAAACAUGAACAGCCCCCACCCACCCUUUUUUUCUGUUGUGCAGUGCAUAACUUGGAAAACCUUCAUGUGAACCAAUGUGUCUUCCCUUGUUCUGAUUCAAUGCGGCCCUCAAAAUCCUCAGACAACUCUGCCCUUUUUUUGUCAAUAUAUAUUUUCUACAAUAACAGAGGUGCACAAAUGAAUGGAUAUUGAGUAUAUUAUUUCUCAGAGUAAACCUAGAGAAAAAGGCUGUAGAUUUGUCAGAUGCCAUGGAUUUUCUUUUUUCUUCGUACCCGCUUAGAGCUGUUGGUUUGAAGGAUGGCAGUUUUAAAAAAUCAGCAGUGAUUGAUUACUUUGCCGGCAAGGUCAGUCAGAUCACACCGACCUUUUAUUAAAAAAAAAAAAAAAACAACGUUGACAAUGCAAACCCUUAAUAGAUAGCAAUGAUACCUACUUGAAAAGUUAAAUACAGAGACAGCUGAGAAAUUGGCCCGUGAUAGUUUUUGUACAUAAAGUAACGUAUUUAAGGUUUUAUACGUAUUUCUACUGGGUUAGUUCUUUUACUUCCCCAACUUGAAGCACUUUUGUUCACUGUACCGCUGUCUGAUAUUGUGCGUGUGUGUGAGAGUGUGUGUGUGUGUGUGUGAGAGAGAGUGUGUGUGUGUGUGUGAGUGUGUGUGUGUGCGCACGCAUACUUGCAUGUGUUACAGCCCACGUGCAUGGCUGCACAUGAAAGUGAAUGUUUACUUUCUCUUCAGUUUUUUCCUCCUCUCUUUCUGUUCCUCUUUUAUCUGUAUUUUUUUUGCAGCUCUGGUUUCACUGCUGCUCCCGCUGAUCUGAGGUCAAGAGCCGGUUUAGUUUUUUUGGAAGUGAUUUAUCCCCUUUUGUUGGUUUUGAUUUUUUUUUCCUGUUAGCUUGUUUGUUUAGCUUGUGUGAUGAGAGUCCGUUUAGAUGGCUGGUGUUUAGGUCUCUGUUGAGCCGUGUAGACGUCGAGGGCGAGCUGGAAUCUCCCACUGUGUCGCAGGGAAAGCCUUAAUCGAGACCCUUUCACCACCACAGUUAGUGUCUCCAGUGGAGGUCCUUCGCAGCAACGCUGGCUGUGGUUAUCUGAUUGUAUUUCAUGAAAUGACCUGUUACUUCUGUGUUCUAUUCAAUGUGAUGUGUUGGGUCGAUGGUGUUUAUCUCUGUAACUACAGCCUCGCCGUUUCCUGUUUUAAAGACGCUUUGAAACGCAGCCUACGUUUUACUUCCAUUCGCAAAACAUUUUCUUCAGCCAGUUGUUUGACUCUGCACAAUUUAGUCUCUGGGAUCCAGAAAUUCACUCCAAAGGUUUCACAUAAACAGUUUUAGCAUUAAGUUAGCCUCCUCCUUUAUGGUGCAUUCAAGCGGUCUUCGCUGAAUUGAGUUUUUACAAUAUCAUGUGCCCUAGUUUAUUCGAGCUGUCAGGUCCAUUCUUUGUCCCAGAAACAACAUUUAAUAUAAUAUUCUGACCUUCCUGUCUGUUUGGCGGCUGUUACAAGGUGAACAUUAGCCAUAUAGGGAUCUGUAUAUGUUCAUAUUUACAUUUAUGCUAUGAACGUAUUGUCUUCAUGAGAUAAAAAAUAGGUUUGACAUUGGGAAGCCCCGAGAGUUUGUGUAGGGUUCAAGAACUUGAAUGCACCAUUAAAGCGGGCUACCUUAGAAAUGUAACAGCCAACACACUCUUAUAAGACUUAUAUCUUAAAAUAUUGUCUGAUCUGAUUAACACAACUGUUUGUUCAAUUUGGAAGCUGAUUUGCUUCCUCCCACUAUCCAUGAGAGCUAAAAUUGUUACUGAACACAAGUAUGAUUUUCUUCCUCCCGUUACUCGCAGCCAGCUUGUCCGAAGGGUCCUCCGGGAUGCCGCCAGCAGUGGUCCGUCUUACCGAAGAGCUUCUAAACUCUCCCUUCGAUGAGUUGAACCAACAAAAAGCAGUGGCCAGUGUCACCAAUGAGUACCAAAUAAGAACCAGGUUCUGUUGAGCACGUCAGGAACGAAGGCAAUCGGCUCCAGGAGAUUCAACUUCUAUACCAAAUUUAAAGGCUAGAAAGCGUGUCGUUUAUGGCGUCGCCUUCCUGCAGAAUGUUUAGCUUAACAGCAUCAAAGGAUGAAAGUUGUAGGUAUUUGCUGCUGAAAACUGUUUACUUUUCGUUGUUUUUCUGUUUUUCUAUGACGCUGGCUGCUUGCUUUUUGAGCUCUGUCACCUGAAAGGAUGUCGAUCUAAAGGCGGGAUACGUAUGCUGGGGGAAAAGACUGCACAGGAUCUUUUCUUAGGACUGUUAAAACCGCAGUUUAAGGUCUACAGCAUGUUGUAUUUAUAAAGGCUUUAUGUCGUGCCUGUUUUAUUUUUAUUUUUUUCCUCUAAAUUUGAAGACAAAUAUUAAAUGCUUUUAUUUGACUACAUUGCUUUGCAUUCUGUCUUGGUGAAGCCAAUUCACAUGUCUGUUUUCACUCUAAUGUAAACUAUCAGAUAUCACAAUAAAUUUUCAAUGGCAUUAAACUGGA